AUGGAAGCUCAGUCGAAUUACGAACGACGUAUUGUCGAACUCGAAUCUAACUUAGAGAGGGCUGCUCUUUUCGGCAAACAGCUGCUGGAUCAACUGUCGCUGAAGUCGAGUAUCAUCGAAGAGUUGGGAGAGCAAUCAGCUCAGCAUGAGGUGCAACUCGACGUACUGAAACAGAAAGUACACGCUGCAGAGCGGGAUUCCAGCUUGGCCGCGGCUCGCGAAAAAAAUGCGCUCAAGGAGAUCGAGACCCUGCAGGAUAUCUGCACCGAGUUCGAGAGCGUGCAGAGCAAGAACAGAAAUUUGGAGGAAAAAAUUCGAAUUCUCGAAGCGGAGAAGCUGCGACGUCUACAAUCUACAGCUGAGCUUGAAGAGCAUUUGGCUGAAACCCGAAUUGAGCUCUCUGUGGCUCGAACCCGUAUCGAAGAGCUCCGCUUCCUGGAGAAACAGAGAGACUCGACGAUCAAAGUUUACGAGAGAUCGACUGACUCUGAUGCCGAUGAUGACGGACGAGCAGAGAAUGAAAUCCUCGUCGCCAAAGUCCAGAGUCUCGAGAGCGAGUUGGUUAACCAGAGAGCGAUUCUCAAGCAGCAUAUCGAGGAGAAAGAACUAGCCGUAAAGAAGAAUUUCCAGAAUGAGAAUAGACUCGCGGAGAUUCUCGAAGAGAGGACUUCUAUCGAGCAGGAGCUCGCCUCUCUUUGCAACAUGAUCACUGAGAAGAAUCGCCAGAUCGAUGAAUUGAAAGACGACAUUGAAGCUCUGAGAGCUGCGGAGACGGAUCCGAAUCGCCGAGGCAACUCUAUCUUUGCGGAAGUUGAAGAUAGGCGUAUCGAGGUCGAGAACAAACUUCAGGGGGCACGAACGCGACUGAAGUCUGCUGAAGAUGGACAGCGUAGGCUGAAGAGACUGCUCGCACACUCGUACAAGACAUUGCAGAUCAUGGCAUCGCAUGCCAGCAGAGCCGACCAGAAUUACGUGAAAACACUGGAAGGCGAGGUUAUUCGACUGCGAGCCGAGCUCAGCUCGAUUGCUACACGAGCAGCGAGUGAAAAAAUGGAGGAUGAAGCGUACACUGAGAAAGAUCUGCAAGACAACCCCUUGGCAGGAUUGUUGCUGUCGGAACGCCGAGAGAACGCGUCAAUGCAGAAGAAAUUGAAGGAUCUCAUUCAUCACGACAGUGGAAGGACGGAAGAAAUAUUGAGGCUCGGCGCCGCACUCCGGAAAUCACAGAGCGAGGUUGAGAGCCUCGAGCAACAGUGCGCUAUUCUAGAAAUGAAGCUGAAUGAGAAGCAAAUUUCGGAGACCGUUCCCGAGGCCGGAUCCACCUCCAGUUCCGCGGCAGAAGUGUCCAAAGAAAGAAUCGAGGAGAUCAAACUACACCAAGAGAAGCUCUGCGCUCUGGAAGAGAUCAAAGAAGUCACGACAGACGAUCCAAAUCCGAUGGCGUCGGGCUCCGACGAAACGAGUCCUCCCCGGAAGGAAAUGGAGAGCGGGGUGAAACAUCCGACCUCGGCGUCCGACCGGGAGACAGAGAACGUCGUCAGGACGGUGAACUUCAGCGAUGAGCAAGAGUUGGAGAAGCCCGAGCAGCGCAAACCGAAAGCGAGGGGUCGUCAGGUGACGAUAGUGAAGAGGAAUAAGGCGGAAACCAAUGACUGUAAGGCUCAAUGAAGAUUCAGACAAGGUCGCAGACCGCA